AUGAACAAGACCUACAUCAUCAUCAGUCCCUCUUUCCCAGAGUUCACUGAACAGGACUUUUUUGGUUGGUUCCAUGUCAAACUGGUCCCUGUCCUUGCAAGUUUCACUCCAGAAAUGCUCCGAGGUUGUGAGUGGGAUGGCCAAGGUUGUCUCUGCCAUACCUCAGCAAAGACUGCAGAAAUUGCAGAUGUUUUACUGGAAUACCUGCAAGACUCUGCCGCUGUCAUCAACCAGCCAGAUUGCAGGACAGGAAUCAAGACUGAUGCCCAAUGGAUUGAAACAAACCUGGGUCCAUUUUCUCCAUACAUAACAUAUUCUGAGCUCAAAUUCUUCAACCUCUCUCUGGGAGCACUCGUGAAUGUUCUUUCACCAACACAGAAAGCUGAGCUGAUAAUGGAUCCAGACAGCGGUGGUCUGGAAGAUGCCAUCCUUGUAAAGGAGGUGCUCACAAACCUGACAGAGUCUGGUGAUGAAGAGCAGCUUGGUCAGUUUUUCCAAGUGUUCACACAGAUCCUCCAGCAGACAAACACAACCUUCAUCCUAAAUGCGGCUGUACGAGAGACCAUCUUAAACCUGACUUUGAACGGCCUCGCUCCUAAAUUUGUCUCCUUUGAAGUAGAAGACUAUGAGCUGUGGUUCCAGGUCUAUUUGGUUCCUGUCAUAGCAAGCCUCCAUCCUGACAGCCUGCGGGUGAUACCCAGUAACAUCAGUUGUGAAUCCUACGAAGCUAUAGUCACUGGUCUAAUGGAAAGCCUGGAAUUCCUGCCACUGGGCAUUUCAAUGGACGUGAGAGCUAGCUUGGAAUCACUACAGGAGACCUUCCCAGAUUGUGCAGAACUUGAUUCUUUCACGUGCAAAGAGACACAUGUUGAUGAAAUGCUCAUCUGCUGGGGGGUAGACAGCUCUCAACUCCAGAAGACACUGGAGGAUAACAAUUCCACGUCAGCCGUGUGCAAUUUUACCAUCAUUGAACAUGCCUGUACCACACCAACAAACCUCACAGCAGGCAACUUGGCCACACUCCUGACAUGCUCUGUGGAAAGCAACAAGCCAUAUGUGGUGGAAGUUUGGCAGCUUCUUUUCCACAAAGCUUCUCCCGUACUCAGCCAGGCUCUUGACAUGUUCGCCACCAUGGCCCCCACCACCAUGAGCUCUGCCUAUUCCAAUGCACUUGAUGCUCUGGGAGAAGUGGUAGUUAAAAAGCUUACUCAGGAUCAACUGAAGAGUAAGGAUGCCAUUAGAAGUAGGUUCCAGAUGGAGCUCCGUCCGUUCCUGGCCUCCCCGUCAACAAAUUUCCUCUCCUGCCUUGGCACCUACAACUUCAGCUGCCAGACAUAUCAGCUUGUCCUUGAGGCAUUCAGCAACCAAAGCCCAUUGAUGGACAACAACAGAAAGCGAGCAGUGUUUACUCACUUCAUCCGACCGUUCCUUUCCAGAAAAGAUUUGCCAGACCCAGGUUGUGUGUCCUCUGCCGAUGGUAGUCAACUCUGGCUGCAGGCCAACCUUGGCAAUUUCUCUGCUUUUGCAACCAUAGAGGAUUUGCAAACCUUCAAUCCAAACUUCUCCAGUGCCCAAGCCUUGUCAGAACUGUCACCCUCUCAGGUAGCACAGUUACUGCUGAGCUCAGACAUCUCAAAUGACACAAAAUUUAUCGACCGAGUCUUUGAGCGACUGGAAAAUGGAAACGCUGUUGACAACGUGGAUGAAUUCUUUACAAAGCUUACAGAGCAGGAGGAGGUCCCAGAGUUCCAGGCUGACGUGAGGGAUCGCAUUAUGAACAAGACCUACAUCAUCAUCAGUCCCUCUUUCCCAGAGUUCACUGAACAGGACUUUUUUGGUUGGUUCCAUGUCAAACUGGUCCCCGUCCUUGCAAGUUUCACUCCAGAAAUGCUCCGAGGUGUAACUACCAACAUGAACUGCACAAACUAUCACAUCAUUGUGAGUGGGAUGGCCAAGGUUGUCUCUGCCAUACCUCAGCAAAGAUUGCAAGAAAUUGCAGAGGUUUUACUGGAAUACCUGCAAGACUCUGCCGCUGUCAUCAACCAGCCAGAUUGCAGGACAGGAAUCAAGACUGAUGCCCAAUGGAUUGAAACAAACCUGGGUCCAUUUUCUCCAUACAUAACAUAUUCUGAGCUCAAAUUCUUCAACCUCUCUCUGGGAGCACUCGUGAAUGUUCUUUCACCAACACAGAAAGCUGAGCUGAUAAUGGAUCCAGACAGCGGUGGUCUGGAAGAUGCCAUCCUUGUAAAGGAGGUGCUCACAAACCUGACAGAGUCUGGUGAUGAAGAGCAGCUUGGUCAGUUUUUCCAAGUGUUCACACAGAUCCUCCAGCAGACAAACACAACCUUCAUCCUAAAUGCGGCUGUACGAGAGACCAUCUUAAACCUGACUUUGAACGGCCUCGCUCCUAAAUUUGUCUCCUUUGAAGUAGAAGACUAUGAGCUGUGGUUCCAGGUCUAUUUGGUUCCUGUCAUAGCAAGCCUCCAUCCUGACAGCCUGCGGGUGAUACCCAGUAACAUCAGUUGUGAAUCCUACGAAGCUAUAGUCACUGGUCUAAUGGAAAGCCUGGAAUUCCUGCCACUGGGCAUUUCAAUGGACGUGAGAGCUAGCUUGGAAUCACUACAGGAGACCUUCCCAGAUUGUGCAGAACUUGAUUCUUUCACGUGCAAAGAGACACAUGUUGAUGAAAUGCUCAUCUGCUGGGGGGUAGACAGCUCUCAACUCCAGAAGACACUGGAGGAUAACAAUUCCACGUCAGCCGUGUGCAAUUUUACCAUCAUUGAACAUGCCUGUACCACACCAACAAACCUCACAGCAGGCAACUUGGCCACACUCCUGACAUGCUCUGUGGAAAGCAACAAGCCAUAUGUGGUGGAAGUUUGGCAGCUUCUUUUCCACAAAGCUUCUCCCGUACUCAGCCAGGCUCUUGACAUGUUCGCCACCAUGGCCCCCACCACCAUGAGCUCUGCUUAUUCCAAUGCACUUGAUGCUCUGGGAGAAGUGGUAGUUAAAAAGCUUACUCAGGAUCAACUGAAGAGUAAGGAUGCCAUUAGAAGUAGGUUCCAGAUGGAGCUCCGUCCGUUCCUGGCCUCCCCGUCAACAAAUUUCCUCUCCUGCCUUGGCACCUACAACUUCAGCUGCCAGACAUAUCAGCUUGUCCUUGAGGCAUUCAGCAACCAAAGCCCAUUGAUGGACAACAACAGAAAGCGAACAGUGUUUACUCACUUCAUCCGACCGUUCCUUUCCAGAAAAGAUUUGCCAGACCCAGGUUGUGUGUCCUCUGCCGAUGGUAGUCAACUCUGGCUGCAGGCCAACCUUGGCAAUUUCUCUGCUUUUGCAACCAUAGAGGAUUUGCAAACCUUCAAUCCAAACUUCUCCAGUGCCCAAGCCUUGUCAGAACUGUCACCCUCUCAGGUAGCACAGUUACUGCUGAGCUCAGACAUCUCAAAUGACACAAAAUUUAUCGACCGAGUCUUUGAGCGACUGGAAAAUGGAAACGCUGUUGACAACGUGGAUGAAUUCUUUACAAAGCUUACAGAGCAGGAGGAGGUCCCAGAGUUCCAAGCUGACGUGAGGGAUCGCAUUAUGAACAAGACCUACAUCAUCAUCAGUCCCUCUUUCCCAGAGUUCACUGAACAGGACUUUUUUGGUUGGUUCCAUGUCAAACUGGUCCCCGUCCUUGCAAGUUUCACUCCAGAAAUGCUCCGAGGUGUAACUACCAACAUGAACUGCACAAACUAUCACAUCAUUGUGAGUGGGAUGGCCAAGGUUGUCUCUGCCAUACCUCAGCAAAGACUGCAAGAAAUUGCAGAUGUUUUACUGGAAUACCUGCAAGACUCUGCCGCUGUCAUCAACCAGCCAGAUUGCAGGACAGGAAUCAAGACUGAUGCCCAAUGGAUUGAAACAAACCUGGGUCCAUUUUCUCCAUACAUAACAUAUUCUGAGCUCAAAUUCUUCAACCUCUCUCUGGGAGCACUCGUGAAUGUUCUUUCACCAACACAGAAAGCUGAGCUGAUAAUGGAUCCAGACAGCGGUGGUCUGGAAGAUGCCAUCCUUGUAAAGGAGGUGCUCACAAACCUGACAGAGUCUGGUGAUGAAGAGCAGCUUGGUCAGUUUUUCCAAGUGUUCACACAGAUCCUCCAGCAGACAAACACAACCUUCAUCCUAAAUGCGGCUGUACGAGAGACCAUCUUAAACCUGACUUUGAACGGCCUCGCUCCUAAAUUUGUCUCCUUUGAAGUAGAAGACUAUGAGCUGUGGUUCCAGGUCUAUUUGGUUCCUGUCAUAGCAAGCCUCCAUCCUGACAGCCUGCGGGUGAUACCCAGUAACAUCAGUUGUGAAUCCUACGAAGCUAUAGUCACUGGUCUAAUGGAAAGCCUGGAAUUCCUGCCACUGGGCAUUUCAAUGGACGUGAGAGCUAGCUUGGAAUCACUACAGGAGACCUUCCCAGAUUGUGCAGAACUUGAUUCUUUCACGUGCAAAGAGACACAUGUUGAUGAAAUGCUCAUCUGCUGGGGGGUAGACAGCUCUCAACUCCAGAAGACACUGGAGGAUAACAAUUCCACGUCAGCCGUGUGCAAUUUUACCAUCAUUGAACAUGCCUGUACCACACCAACAAACCUCACAGCAGGCAACUUGGCCACACUCCUGACAUGCUCUGUGGAAAGCAACAAGCCAUAUGUGGUGGAAGUUUGGCAGCUUCUUUUCCACAAAGCUUCUCCCGUACUCAGCCAGGCUCUUGACAUGUUCGCCACCAUGGACCCCACCACCAUGAACUCUGCUUAUUCCAAUGCACUUGAUGCUCUGGGAGAAGUGGUAGUUAAAAAGCUUACUCAGGAUGAACUGAAGAGUAAGGAUGCCAUUAGAAGUAGGUUCCAGAUGGAGCUCCGUCCGUUCCUGGCCUCCCCGUCAACAAAUUUCCUCUCCUGCCUUGGCACCUACAACUUCAGCUGCCAGACAUAUCAGCUUGUCCUUGAGGCAUUCAGCAACCAAAGCCCAUUGAUGGACAACAACAGAAAGCGAGCAGUGUUUACUCACUUCAUCCGACCGUUCCUUUCCAGAAAAGAUUUGCCAGACCCAGGUUGUGUGUCCUCUGCCGAUGGUAGUCAACUCUGGCUGCAGGCCAACCUUGGCAAUUUCUCUGCUUUUGCAACCAUAGAGGAUUUGCAAACCUUCAAUCCAAACUUCUCCAGUGCCCAAGCCUUGUCAGAACUGUCACCCUCUCAGGUAGCACAGUUACUGCUGAGCUCAGACAUCUCAAAUGACACAAAAUUUAUCGACCGAGUCUUUGAGCGACUGGAAAAUGGAAACGCUGUUGACAACGUGGAUGAAUUCUUUACAAAGCUUACAGAGCAGGAGGAGGUCCCAGAGUUCCAGGCUGACGUGAGGGAUCGCAUUAUGAACAAGACCUACAUCAUCAUCAGUCCCUCUUUCCCAGAGUUCACUGAACAGGACUUUUUUGGUUGGUUCCAUGUCAAACUGGUCCCCGUCCUUGCAAGUUUCACUCCAGAAAUGCUCCGAGGUGUAACUACCAACAUGAACUGCACAAACUAUCACAUCAUUGUGAGUGGGAUGGCCAAGGUUGUCUCUGCCAUACCUCAGCAAAGACUGCAAGAAAUUGCAGAUGUUUUACUGGAAUACCUGCAAGACUCUGCCGCUGUCAUCAACCAGCCAGAUUGCAGGACAGGAAUCAAGACUGAUGCCCAAUGGAUUGAAACAAACCUGGGUCCAUUUUCUCCAUACAUAACAUAUUCUGAGCUCAAAUUCUUCAACCUCUCUCUGGGAGCACUCGUGAAUGUUCUUUCACCAACACAGAAAGCUGAGCUGAUAAUGGAUCCAGACAGCGGUGGUCUGGAAGAUGCCAUCCUUGUAAAGGAGGUGCUCACAAACCUGACAGAGUCUGGUGAUGAAGAGCAGCUUGGUCAGUUUUUCCAAGUGUUCACACAGAUCCUCCAGCAGACAAACACAACCUUCAUCCUAAAUGCGGCUGUACGAGAGACCAUCUUAAACCUGACUUUGAACGGCCUCGCUCCUAAAUUUGUCUCCUUUGAAGUAGAAGACUAUGAGCUGUGGUUCCAGGUCUAUUUGGUUCCUGUCAUAGCAAGCCUCCAUCCUGACAGCCUGCGGGUGAUACCCAGUAACAUCAGCUGUGAAUCCUACGAAGCUAUAGUCACUGGUCUAAUGGAAAGCCUGGAAUUCCUGCCACUGGGCAUUUCAAUGGACGUGAGAGCUAGCUUGGAAUCACUACAGGAGACCUUCCCAGAUUGUGCAGAACUUGAUUCUUUCACGUGCAAAGAGACACAUGUUGAUGAAAUGCUCAUCUGCUGGGGGGUAGACAGCUCUCAACUCCAGAAGACACUGGAGGAUAACAAUUCCACGUCAGCCGUGUGCAAUUUUACCAUCAUUGAACAUGCCUGUACCACACCAACAAACUUCACAGCAGGCAACUUGGCCACACUCCUGACAUGCUCUGUGGAAAGCAACAAGCCAUAUGUGGUGGAAGUUUGGCAGCUUCUUUUCCACAAAGCUUCUCCCAUACUCAGCCAGGCUCUUGACAUGCCCCCACCACCAUGA